AUGAACCACGUGGGAAGCCCGGUGAGAGCCUACGAUUUCCUGCUAAAAUUCCUCCUGGUGGGGGACAGCGACGUAGGCAAGGGGGAGAUCCUGGCCAGCCUGCAGGACGGAGCCACCGAGUCGCCCUACGGCUAUAACCUGGGUAUAGACUACAAGACUACAAUGAUUCUCCUGGAUGGCCGGCGAAUCAAGCUGCAGCUCUGGGAUACAUCAGGACAAGGGAGAUUCUGCACCAUAUUUCGGUCUUAUUCGAGAGGUGCUCAGGGAGUAAUACUGGUGUAUGAUAUUACAAAUCGUUGGUCAUUUGAUGGGAUUGAUCGAUGGAUAAAAGAGAUUGAUGAGCAUGCUCCAGGUGUACCAAAAAUCCUGGUUGGAAAUCGCCUUCACUUAGCUUUCAAGCGCCAAGUGUCCACUGAACAAGCACAAGCCUAUGCUGAGAGGCUGGGCAUGACUUUUUUUGAAGUCAGUCCACUUUGUAAUUUCAAUAUUACAGAGUCCUUUACUGAGCUAGCAAGGAUAGUGCUGAUGAGACAUGGAAUGGACAGGCUCUGGAGACCAAACAAGGUGCUCAGUCUGCAAGACCUUUGUUGCCGUGCCAUAGUUUCCUGUACCCCUGUGCAUCUUGUUGACAAGCUUCCUCUCCCUGUUGCCUUAAGAAGCCAUCUCAAAUCUUUCUCCAUGGCAAAUGGCCUUAAUGCCAGGAUGAUGCAUGGACGCUCUUACUCCCUUACAUCCAGCAACAUCAAUAAAAGGAACAGUUUAAAGAAAGCUAAAAUUAUCCGCCCCCCCCAGAGCCCACCAAAAAACUGUGCAAGGAACAGCUGUAAAAUUUCUUGA